AGGACAGCAGUACAGAGGACACUGUUUUUACUGCGACACACACAGUAGUUAAGAGAUUUAACAUCAUCCAAAUGAACAGCAGAGGUAAAUCAGAUUCAAAUGCUUCAUGUCACGAUGGGGUGGAGGAAGUGUGCACAGGUUUUCUAUUAAAGUCCCCUCCUUCUAGACAGUUAAGAACUAUGAAAUCAUGGAAGCGCCGCUUCUUUGUGCUUUCAAAGACAAAUGACAGCAGCCAUGAGCUAAAAUACUACAAAUCCACUGAGAGAGACAAACCUAUAAAAUCCAUAGAAGCUUCCACCAUCACAAUGCUGCAGCUGAACCCUGAAGCAAGCCCAGUUUUUGAAUGGAUCUGUCAAACCUUCAAGUGCUCUCAGUACUCUGUGCUCUUCAUGAAAACUGAAAAUCCAGGAGCCAAGGUCCAAAGAGAUUUUUUCUUCAUUGGAGACACCAGGGAGGAGGUGGAGAGAUGGUUCAAUGUUUUAUUCAGGGCUAUAAAGAACAACAAAUUUGAGCCACAAACUGAACCUCAGAUCACGACUGAAUCCAAUUCUAAUGACCAAAACCCCUGUGAGACACAAGAGACUAAAGUUGAUGGUCAACCUCCACUGCCUCCAAGGAAGAAGUCAGCAUCAAAAGAUGUUACUGCUCAAUGUAGACAACCACCCAAAAGCAGCUCAUCUGCAACACCAUUGUAUGAAAAAGAGGAACCGCUGGAUGAGAAUGCAGUGGAAAGUAAUGAGGACAUGUCAUCAGGGGAGAGCGUGACUGGUACAUCUGAAGGCAGUAUGUUGGAUUGCGUCACAAAAGCCUUCAAUAAUAUUAAGACACCACAAACGUCCAUGGAGUCAGAUGGGCAAAGUGAAACGCACACCCUUGUCGAGAAGGAAGUCUGCAUAAGUCAUCUUGAUGCAAACAGCUUGGUUAUUACAGAGGAGGAGGGAAAACCAUGUGUAUCUAAAUGUGGGGAGAUUCAGGCUUCAUGUCAGUUCCACAAGGGAGAUCAGAUUCUGGCUGUCAAUGAUCUGUUGACAGACACAGUGGAGGAGGUACAAACAUACCUAAGAAGACUCAGCAAGAGCGAGGUAAAACUGACCAUUCGAAGGCUCCCAGACUCCAUUCCUCUGCAUUCCGAACCCUGCUAAAGGACAAAAACAAAAUCUCAU